GCUGCUGCUCCUGCCACCUGCUAGGGCCGGGCCUCAGUUCAGGAUUUGGUCACUUCUUCGUUCUCCACUGCGCCCAUGGUUCCUCCUGGAGCCAGGGCGGCGGGCCCGGCGGCUCCCGCGUGGUGAGAGGGCGGUCCGGGGACGAUGAAGGUCCCGCACUGCAGUUGCUGUCUCAGCCACCUCUUGGCCUCCGCCCUCCUGCUGCUGCUCUUGCUGCCAGGUUUGGGAGGGCCUUUGACUUUGCUGCUGCAGGCGGCCGAGGCCGCACCGGACCCUGGGCCUCCGGACCGCGGGCCGCGGACCCGGCCGCCCCUGCCUCCCGGCCCCACUGUCGCCCAGUUCUUGGGCGGCGCUCCGGCAGAAGCCGCAGGGCCGCGGGGCGCUGAGGGCGGCAAUGGCAGUAGCCCCCGGGCGGGGCUUUCAGCGGAAGACUCCGGAGGGAAGGCGGGGGAAGAAGACUCAGUGGGUGGGAGCCUUGCUGUGAGCCCCAACCCCGGCGACAAGCCUAUGACCCAGCGGGCUCUGACCGUGUUGAUGGUGGUGAGCGGCGCGGUGCUGGUGUACUUCGUCGUCAGGACAGUCAGGAUGAGAAGAAGAAACCGAAAGACUAGGAGAUAUGGAGUUUUGGACACUAACAUAGAAAACAUGGAGUUGACACCUUUAGAACAAGAUGAUGAGGAUGAUGAUAACACUUUGUUUGAUGCCAAUCAUCCUCGAAGAUAAGAAUGUGCCUUUGAUGAGAGGACUUCAUCUUUCUACAAUGAAGAGCAGAAUUUCUAUGUUUAAGGAAUAAGAAGCCACUUUAUCACUGGGGGCGGGGGGUAUUUAAGUUACAUAUAUUAUGACAAACUUUAAUUUGUUGUUGCAGUAAAUACUGUAUCAUUUUGUUAUGUCUUUGUAUGUAUAGAAGUGCUCUUAAUGGGCUCAGAGUUGUUGGGAGUGAACUGCACUAUAAUAGAAAUCUGUGUGAAAACUAAUUACUUUAGAGCAGGGUGUUCUCUGAUCAGUUACUGUUUCUUGCUUACCAUAUUGUAAACAAUUUUAUAUAUUAAUCAGUUACUGUUGUUUUGUUUUGCGUUCUUUUUUUUUUUUUUUUUUUUGGAGGGGUUGCCCAUUAGUUGUUUUUCUUUUUCCCCAUUAAUUGUUUUUUGCUGAAACUAUAAUCCCAGCAACAAACUGGUGUGUAAAAAUAAUUUAAGAUUUCUUUACAGACAUGUAUUCCCCAUUUUUGUGGGAAAAAGAAGCCAAGUUUAUUACUUUGCAUUUGGUUUUUUUAGAUAUUAAUAAAUGAGUUGUAUGCAAAAAAAAUAAAUAUGAUUUAAAAAUGACUUUUAAAGUGGUACAGACAGAAUAUGUUUACAAAAUAAAUCCAAAGAGUAUAGAAUUUAUAUUAAAAGUAUUUUAUAUGGUUUCUAGAAAAAUUUUUCAAAAAAAGGUGAUUGUAUUUAGCAACUUGUUAAGAUACCUACUUUGACUAGAUAUUUUAGGAAAUGGUGAAUUUCAAAGCCAUUUUAUUUAUUUACAGUAUUGUGAAAGAUAGAAGUAAUGGCAUAACCUUCAAAUCAUAUAUUAAGGUGCAGGAGAGUAAGGAAUUAAAGUAAGUGUGUAGACUUUGGAGUCAGACAGACCUGGAUACAGAGAUUGACUUAAUAGCUCUGAACAAAUUACUUAACCCUGUUGAACUUCAAUUUUUCACAUUCUAAAAUUAGAUGGCAACUUACAGGAAAAGCAUGGGUUUCAAAUUUAGUUGCUUAUAGAGGCCAAGGAGGUAAUGUAAAUAUGUGGUGUCUGUCAGGAUAGGCUAAGUCAUAUAGUAGUAACAGAUGGUCCGCAAAUCACAGUGGGUUACAACAAAGAUUUAUUUCUCACUCAUGCUGCCCAUUUGUUAUGGACUGUGAUUUUGCUCUUCGUUGUCUUUUCUUCAGGGUCAAGGCUAAUGGAGAAACCUCUGCUUGGAAUAUUGCUCGUAGCUAAAUGUCCAGCUGUAUGAACUGCAUGCUAGUUCAUAAGCUUCUGCCCUAAAGUGAUAUAUUUCAUUUCCAUCUACAUUUUAUUGGUCCAAACAAACCCUAAGGCUACUCCAGAGUUCAACAAGGCAAGGAUAGGUAAUCUUCUAACAAUGAGAUUUUAUUUAUUUGCGAGAGAGACAAUGAGAGACAGAGAGCAUGAGAGGGAGGAGGGUCAGAGAGAGAAGCAGACUCCCUGCCGAGCAGGGAGCCCGAUGCGGGACUCGAUCCCGGGACUCCAGGACCAUGACCUGAGCCGAAGGCAGUCGCUUAACCAACUGAGCCACCCAGGCGCCCUAACAAGAAGUUUUUAUGAAGAUUGGUGGUAGAAAUCACUGGCCACCAAUUCAUCUACAUUUGAAUUUUAUUCUUGGAUUAAUUCAGGCUUGCAACAGCUGUAAAACUGGACUUCAUUGUUUUUCAUUUUGUAGAAUUGCUUUGGACUACCUGGCAUUAUGCCUUUGCUGAAGAGCAAUGCUAUAAAAUAUUGAGCUGUGAAGGAUAAGGUUAUAUUUAACUUGUUAACAAUGAGUAAGUUGUGUACGACAUCACAUCAUAUCUUUUUUUUUUCUUUUUUUUUUGGAUAUGAGAGGAUAUGAGAAUUAUUUCCUUCAAUUCAGUGUCAGAGAUGUUUGGGUUCCCACUGAACAGCUAGUUUGAUGUUUACUUUACGUACUCUGGCAAUUUUGUAAUUGUAUUACUGACUCUUUUUCUUUGCCCAUAAAACUUGAAGCUGAACCAACAGCCCUGUUUAGCAAAAUACACACCUUUAUGGAAUCGUUUUGUGUAUUCACCUCACUCCUGAAGUAUCAGUUUAUUUACAUGGCUACAUGUGACCAAAAACCCAAAUAGGAGAUUCUUUUUUUCUAUUUUCUUGAAGUCAGGAAGUUUGUGGUUGCUAGUGCUUCUUUUAUAGCCCAAGGAAUUCAGGGUCAAGGUCUCUAAAAAUGUCUUGGUAUUUCCUUCAUGGUCUCAAGAUGAUUAUUACAGCUGUAGGAAUCAUG